UCUAAUACCUCCCCUGCAUCUCAUCAUGUCUCCACACCUAUGCAGUUCAAACAAGCAACUUUUGAGGUGAAGACAGAGCCCAAUGGAGAAGUGCCAGCUGUUCCCAUCACUCGGCCAAUUUCGUCAUCAACUACGUCGCUGCUUGUAUCUCCAGCUACCUACACCUCGCCCAACUCUUUGCUUGUAUCAUCAGGCUCCUAUAGCUCAAACAACUCUUUGCUGGUGUCUUCAGGUGCUUCAAUGCCAGUGUCUUUACCGCUGACUACAUUAGGGCUUAAAACAGUUGCUAGUGUCAAACCUAUGAUCAAAGAAGAGCCCAUGACAACCACAGAAAUUUCCCCACCUAAUUCCCCCCUAAGUUUUACUGGUGGCACACAAGGACCUCGCACGCCCAUGACACCAGAGUUUGAUGUCAAGCCGUCUUCAACAUUCAGCACCAAGGGACCGGCUCUAGGCCCUCAAAGCCUGCUUAAGUCGUCAAGCUUUGCCAACGGUCAGCUCAUAAUCAACACCAACCCAAUUUCGCUGACUCAAGGGCAAACUGUUGUUUCUAUGAAUGCAGACCAAACGCGGCCAGCUUCGGUAUUGCCAGCAGAAAUGAUGCCCAUGGAGGUGGACUCGGUCUCUGUGGACUUGAACCAGGGGGUCGACGACAUGGCCUUCAAGGCAGCAAGCAUGUGCCACAGCUUAGACUCGGUGGGCUUCAAGGCCCUCAUCCAGCCUAUGUCCAACAAUGCCUACAAGGCAGUCAGUCUGAGUCAAGGCUCACUAGAAAAUAACCCUGUCAAAAUAAAUGCAAGUUUGAUUGACACAAACAACAUUAAAACAAUUAAUCUGAGUCCAAAUUUUGAUGGCUCUACCAGUGUCAAAACGGUCAGCCUCAGUCCAAACUCAGACCCAGCAACCAUGAAAACUGUCAACCUGGGAACUAGUUCAGAUAUGUCAGCAUUUAAAACUUUGAACCUCAGUCCAAAUGCUGAUGGUACAGGAUUUAAAGCUAUCAAUGUGAGUCCAUCAAGUGAGGGCACUUCACUCUUGAAGACCAUGAAGGUUCCAUUACCCCAGCUUUCACCAACACAUGUGUCUCCUGUUCAGUUUGCUGCACCUCUGACACAUUCAGUAAGUCAUUUCAAUCAUUCUAGAAGCUUCCUCCUUUUUUUUUUCUUCAUGUAAGUAAUGAUAGAAUUCUGAUUGCGUCUAACAUGAGUAAGGAUUUCCUUGAGUUUUAGCAGAAAGCUGAGUAAAGGGAUAUCAACCAAUACCAGACCUGUUUACUCGUACGAUUUUGGCAUACAAUGUACGAUUUUGAGGUGUAUACAUUGUAUAUACUGAUGUUUAGUUUACUAUUAAGAUAAUGUAUUGAUUGAUUUUGUGAUGAUAUUGUACGAUUUUAAGAGUUUGAGGGUAAACAGGUCUGCAAUACCAUUUUCUUCUAAAAGAAUUCGAAAAUAUAACCUGGUUGGGUGUAACCAGGGUUAUUAUGGAAGGCAUAUUGUGCUACUUUCUACAAGCUAUUAUGAAUUCUGAACAUCUAAAAAUAAAUUUUUUUUUGCGUAUGUAAUUAAAUCUGGGUUUGAUGUAUUGUAUAAACCCCAAAAAUUACAGCAAUUUUCGAAGCAAUUGAAAUGCAUAAUUAGGAAAUAGUAAAUCAGAUUUUCCUUAUUCUUAAAAAAGUAUUUAUAAAUAUUUACUUUCUAACAUCAUUGGAUUUUGAGAAAUGUUUUAUCGUCAAUAUCAUAUAGCUCUACCCAACCAUUUUAGAUGUCCCUGAACUACAAAGAAAACAUUUUCUAAAAUUUGUUAAAGCAGUCCUUAAAUGUAAAAAAAUCUAUUUACCAUUUUAAAUUGCUUUAGCAUCAGUGGAUGUUGAUUUAUUGUAUCUUCAUUGAAUACUCAACCCACCUUUUUCCUAGCUCCUGAACUAUAUUUUCGAAAGAUUGUAAAACACAGAGUUUUUAUAUCAAAAGAAAAAUAUCUCAACCAAUUUUCUUGUAUGUAGCAACCUUGUUUUUUUUAAAGAAUCAUUUAUCUCAUAAAAAUAUACCUGCACUUUUCCAUCAACUUUAUUUUGCUCAAAGUAGAAAAAUAAAUUUCUUAUUUUCACAGAAAAUUUUAUUUUCGAGAAAUGAAAAAAAGUUAUCCUCGCACCUGAACUGUAUCUUUGGAAAAAUGGGAAAAUAUCUCUGUCUUUAGUUUUGAAGAAAAUCUUAUCCAUUAUUUUCCCCUUUCCAACUUCAUUGAAUUUGCUGUAUGGAUAUUCUUAUUUAAAUGUGUCCACAAUGUGUCAACACCAUUGAUAAGUAUUUCCUGAAAUUGGUAUUAACACGUGUUUAUUUAUUUUAUAAGAAAAUAUAAAACGUCUUUUUCACUAUGGUAAUUUCAUCAGAUUUAAAAAUAUAGUUAUCCACAUAAAAAUGUGCACGCUGUCUUUCCUCUCCAUGAAAUGGGUUUUCUGAAGAAGGUUAAAUAUAUUAUCUCAUUGCUUUUAAAACAUCUAUAAACCAUUACCUGUCUAUCACAUACUUGGGCUUUGAGAUAUUGCUAUAGUUACAAAAUACGCCCACCCAUACGAUGGCCUAUCUUUUUUUACAUACUAUGGCCUAUCUUGUGUUGCCUGGGGAAAAAUAAAAAAAUCGCAACCCCCCUCCCUCUCAUCACACAAAUAUUUUAUGAAGUUUGUAAUAAUCAUUAAUAAAAGCACUACCCAAAUGGUAACCUCUCUAUGUAUGCCACCACACACACUUUUUGCACGCCCCUAUACUUUAUUAAAGUUCUAAUGUCCCACCCACUUAACAGGGCAAUGCACAUUAGGAAAUGGCGUCAGCAAGCCAUCGAGCUCUUACAAGUUCUAAAUGUCCCUCCCCAAGCACCCUAGAUAAAAAAAUGGCAAGCUGUUUGGUGUAUUGGUGAAUAGGGAGUAUUUAUAUUGUACGCUAUUGAACUCCGCAUUACAUGGUGACAUUAUCUUAUUAUUAUAUAUAUAUAUAUAUAUUUGUUGUACUUUGAAAAAUGUAAAUGGGUUACACCUAAUGUAUUUCUUAUUCAUUUAUUUAUCACUUUUCUAAUUGUAAAGUCCCCUUUUAUUUUUCAGCUAAUUAUUUUUCUGGACAGAAUUAGUCAAAAAGAGUAUUAUGAAAUCUUUAAAUGACACUUGAAAUGAGUCUUGAUUGUAUUUGUGUUUUUGUCAUCUUUUGGCCAAAAUGUUGGUGAUAUAAAUAUUAGAAAUGUAAUUGUUCUAAUUUGAUAAUAUUUCAGCUGACAUCACCAACCUCACUCCUUCAGCUUCAGCAGUUACAGCAACUUCAAACUCUGCACCAUCUCCAGCAACAGCUGCUUCAACAGACCCAGGCCCAUCAACAGUUCCAGCAGCAGGCGCUGCAACAAUCAAAUCAAGUAUCCUUGACUGCUAAUGAUCACGUGGUCUUGGCCCAGGCCAAACAGAUUGAGGAACUGCAGAGGCAGCUGCAAGAAUCCCACCUCAAGCUAAAACUGCAGCAGCUUCAACAACAACAGAUGCAGCUCCAGCAACAACAACAACAGAUGUGGCAAGUUCGUAUCCCAUCCACCUUUGCUCAAGUAAGUCUAAAAUACAGAAAAACUAUAGAUCAAAUACAAAGCAACAAAAAUACCCUAAUAAAGUGCUAAGGGUGGAGGGAUUUUUUUUUAAAAAUUUACUGAGCUGAACAUAUAUUUUCCAUUAAUAAUUGUAUGAGACAAUAUAAGGGAGCACUGGCGUAAACCUGACUGUUUGCAUUUGGGUGUCCUGUUAAUUUGUAUGAGUGAAAUUCAUUAAUUAAAUUACAUUAUUGAGUAAUCAUUCCUUGAAUACUGAGGGAAUUUAAAAAAAAAUUUCUUACAGAAUUCUUUGCUGUCAAAGCUCUCCCAAGAUCAACUGAGCCUUCCCCAACAGAUUGGUCAAAUGUUGACCGCACCAGUUCAGCAGGCUACAUUACAGCCAUCAACCUCUGUCCACCCAACAUCUCUGUUUCUUAAUGGACACAGCCUUCAGCAAGCAGCACCAAGUAAGACUAAAAGCAUUGGUGAAAUUGACACAAGACAUUCAAUGCUGAACAAAACAUAAGUGCUAUUUAUAGGUGUCUAAUAGUAAGAAAUAAGAUAUUUAAAAAAAAAAGCUUGAGGCGUCCAAAUGUUUAAGUUGUAAAUGAAAGGCAAGUACUACUAACUGGUGGCAAGGAAGCUCAUCAUACAAGGUACAAGGGAUGUUUUCAAAUCAAAAUACUUUACUUGUAAGGGCACUUUUACUAGUAUCAGUUUUACUGGUAUCACUUUCACCUAUAUCACUUUCACUAGUAUCACUUACUAGUUUCACUUCCACUAGUAUCAAUAAAUUACAUUUAUUUCUGUUUUUUGUCUUGAUUUUCCUUUCAAUUCUCACUAUCAGAGUACCAGAAUAGAAGGAACCAUCAGAUGAUGACACAAAGUUUUUAUUUUUAUUUUAAAAAUACAUAUUUCAAAGAUACAAUCUUUUUUUUUCAAAAUCAAGUUAACUGUUACAUCUGCUUCAAUGGUUGUAAACAAGAAUUUAACCAUCCAUUUGUCACAUUUGCUUAUUAUUGCUUUGCAUGAUUUAGUAAAAAAAAAAUGUUUGUUUGUUUAACUCUUUCGCUGCGGAUUUUUGAAAAAAAACAAAUGUAAAUAUUUCAAAGAGCAAAGAAGAGUGAGAGGUUUGGUUUAUUAAAAAAUAUUUUUAAUAUUAUUGUUUGGUUUAUAAGACUAAGUUUGGUAUCAAAUGAAAGAUAAUUGAAUGGACUAUAUGACUGUAAUUUUAUUUCUUCAGUUUAACUAAAAUAAGUAACAGAAAAGAUAACUUAAAAUGUGAAAUCAUGAUAUGCAAAACAUUUUUUCCCCAAACCCUUUGAUGUAGGCAUACGUCAUCUUCACUGCUAUAACUCAAAUCAUCUAAAACUACUACUAUCGGAAUUAUGUGAUGGAUGUAAAUCUUAAUCAACUUCACUAUCAAAAGAAUUAGUAUAAAAUAUUUCAAAAGCUUUUUGAGCUGUUAAUCAUCUUGGAAACUUACUCACCCCACUUAGGCCUAGGGUAGCCAUAGCAACAGUAUUGAUAAAGAAAAAAAAACAGCGAAGAAUAUAAAUAAUAUAACGCUUCAAAUGACAACAAAUAAACCUUGGUUUCGCUCAUAAACUGUGUAAAAAUCUAUUUAAAAAAUAGCUCUUAAAAAGUUUAACUGAGAAAUAGCAAAGAAACAACCAUGAUUUUGAAACAAAGCACAGCGCUUUGUCCAUGCUUUUUAGCACUGCCGAUGAACGUAGUGUGCAUUACACUGCAACGAAAGAGUUAAAAUGAGCUAAACAUAUAAAAUAAAGUUGUAUAACAUAAUUAUUUUUAAAUGUGUUUUUGUAAUUCUGUUCAGGUGUGCAGCAGUCACCACCUAUUGUCAGCAGCAGCUCAAGUAUCAACGGUGUUAAUGUUGGUUCCAAUGACACCAACCUCUUAAAUAUGGUGACUAGUGGCCAACCUGCCGUGUCAUUGCCUUAUGCCAUCCACAUUAAUCUAACUAGCUCAGCAUUACCAGCUCAACUACAGCCCAUCACAACGUCCACAUCUACGAAACCACUUCAGCUGCUUACUGCUGUCAAAUCAGAACCAGGCACAUCUCACAACAUGGGUCAGUUCCAUCUCCGGUUUAUAAUAAAUAACUUAAGUGAAACACAGUAUGCCAAACGUAUGGCGUUGACAGGAAAUGGUUGUUGAUUAAAAUGAGGGAAAAAAAGACAGUAGGCUGAAGUCUGAGGUAGUGGUUGAAGUAGUGAGGGGGGUGGGGGUGUAUAUCACUUUAGGUGAUGGGCAUUGGGGCUUCAGACGGUGGGUGGGGAAUGUUAGUGGUGGUGGGUGAGGGCUUUGGAGGUGAUAGAGAUGGUAGGGGAGAUGUCAUCUAUUUUUAUAAUUUGCUUAGAUGCUGCUUCUCAUCAAAACAUCUGAUAUUUUAUGACAUGCUUGCAUUGUGUCACAGAAUUUGUAUAUCAGCAAAGGAUAUGGUUAGACAACAGGUAAUAAAACACCAAAUAUAGUUUAAAGUCAUAACUGAAAUAAUUCUUAUUCUUUUAUAAUCCCUCCUCUAAGAUGAUAAACUAUUUGCUUCUAGGCCCACCAUCAACCUCGACUGUACCAAAAUCACAGGUCAGCACGGGUCAAGCGGCAGUGGUGCCGGCUACACCAACAUCAACUGCACUUAUCACUGGUCACUCCAAUGGUCUCAUUUCCAGGUAUUCUUUUCAUUUGCAAUAAUAGAUUUGAUCAUUCUAGCAUAUUUAUUUACAUACAAAAUGUGGAACAUUCUAACUUUUCUAAUGUUAUUUCCCCAAAAAUGAACACUCAGAAAAAUGAAACAGUCUGAUAAAACUCUAUAAUGAAAAAGUAUAAUAAAAUAGUAUGUUGAAUCUAGGAGUAUAUCAGUUGCAUUAUUUCUUUAGAGCUGCAUCUCUGCCUUCAUCGCCAUUGGUAGCAGACCAACAGCAAAAAAUGAACAUACAGCGUUGUACUUCAAAUCCUUAUUUUAGUGGCCCCCUCAAGGAACCACCACGAUAUGAUGAAGCUAUCAAGAUCAAACAGCAGCAAACGGUUUGUUACUUUUUGCAGUGUAUUUCAUUGUUAUAAAUUGUUUGUCUUAUCGUGUGGGGAAUUGCAGGAAAUAGCCUUCCCAGAGCGUAACAAAGUGGUUCAAAAAGUUGAUCCAGAAGUGUGCAAGUAUAGAAUGCCAUUUAAAACAAAAUUAGUUUAUCUGAACACAACAUUAUCAAUUUGAUAAAUUUUACCUCAGUUGGAUGGAUAGUUUUUUUAAUUUUGGAAAAUUUCCUUCUUUUAAAUAAUUAUACUUCUGUCUCUUAUAAAGGUUCCUUCACUGAACAACAAGCUCAUAAUCUGUAACACCAAUGUGAACAACAACCUUGAUAAAUCAAUAGGCCUUGGACAGAUGGAGCCACAGGUCAAAUCUCAGACAAUGGAUGAUGUUUUGGAGAUCCUUAUUAGAAAUGGAGGUUAGCAUUUCCUGGUUGCUGAGAAUUUUUGUUUAAAAUAAAAAAAAUUUUGUUCAUGUUUCCAAAUAAGGUCCAUUUAAAAAAAAUAUUUAUUGUUAACUCUUAGCCUUCUGAAUCAUUAUCUAUCUCUUGUCUGACCUAAAUGAAAAAAAAAAUUAAUAGCAACAGAAAUUGGUGAAUUAAUUCAAAACAAAUAAUUCAGUUUUUGAAAUAUAUGGAGAAAAAAAAGAAGAUGCAUUGAAAGUAACCAUAUAAUUUUAAUGAAAGGCUGGUAUGCAAUGUCCCAAUAUCCACACAAAAACUUGACACUUUCUUAUAAAAUAAUAGUAUUUAUGUAUCCAAUUCAUUUCAUUUAUUGAAAAAAUACACAAAAUAACACCUAUUUUCAUUAUAAUUGAGGUAGAAGUUUUGUAUCAAUUUAUAAGUGCAUUAAAAAUAGGGAUCCCAUUUCAAUAAACAAAACAUAAGACUUUCAAAUACUCAAUAUCAGUUUUGGCUAAAAUGCAAAUUUUACACACAAAAAAACACUAUUUAUAAAGCGUUAAUCUAAAUAUCAAACAAUGUCAUUUUUAAGGAGGGUGUACAUUUUAUUAUAUAAUUUAAAAUUCUUAUAAUACAGUAAUGUUUUAUAGAUGAUGAAGCAUUUGAUAAAUUUACCUUGAAUCAAAACAUUUUUAAAAAAUGUAUUUAAAAAAAACCAGACUUAAGUUCAAUUUAACCACACAGAGGUUAACAUUAAUUAUAAAAACAUCUCUACUGUUUUUGUUUUAAAGUUUUUACAAAGGGUUUAAAUUUGAAAUACAAAAUUAUUUUUUAAAAAUUUCUGAAUUUUUGUGAUUUCUUUUGUGAUUUUAUUGAAAAUGAACAUUUAAGUUUUUAUUUGAGUACAGUACUAAUUGAGUGCCUGUUGUGAUUUAUUUGUGGUGCUAGAUCUCCCUCCAAGUGCUGCCACUGAACCACUACCAACACCAAAAAUUAGCCAGCCUUCAACCCUGUCACAUUCUAGUGGCCAGACUACCCUGUCACAGUCGAGUGGUCAAACAACACUGUCACAUUCAAGUGGUCAGACUACCAUGUCACAGUCAAGUGGUCAGACUUCCCUGUCACAGUCAAGUGGUCAAACUACCCUGUCACAGUCAAGUGGCAAAACUAGCCUGUCACAGUCUAGUGGUCAAACUUUGACCCUGUCGCAAAGCAUCAGUCAGCCUCUUUCCACAUCACAGCCAAGCAGUCAACCGGUAUCACUACCUCAGUCUAGCAUUCAACUCAUGACCCAGUCCCCAUCCAGUGGACUCAUGUCCAAUGUUUCUGUCACCUUGUCUCCUGACAUUAGUCUCGGUCAGAUACACCGUACUCAUCUCCCCACCAGCACAAGUAACCACCAAGCUGCUUCCACUAGCCCUCGGGACCAGACUCUUACAUCGAUUCACACUAACAUCUCAUCUCCACCCAAUGCUGACUUAAGCAGCUCCUCUUCUUUAAAUUUGAAUGAUGGGACAUCCCAUUCUGAUGGCGGGGAGCUGCUGGACUGGGGAGAAAUGCUGCCUUCUCCUGAUCUCUCUGCCAUGGACUGGUCGUCAGAGCCAGGUUUUGGACAUCUUGAUCUCGGAGACUCCAGUCUAAAUUUGGAAUCAAAAAGGGGAGACAAUCCUGUGGACUCUCGCUACAGUAGCCUCCUACAUAUGGACAACAUGUCGCCUAUUUGUAGGUCAGGCUCCCGCUGCGAACUAGACAAUGGUUCUGGAUUACGUACACCCAGUGGCCAUGGAUCAGAGCCUGACUUGUCUGCCCUUGGCCUUGGUGGGGACUUGGGGGAUGGGGUCGACCCGUCCAGUCAGAUGGACAUGUCCGAUUGGUUGGAUGUCAUCAUGCCGAACCAUCACAUGUCAACUCAUCAUCCCAUAGCUGCCCCCAGCAGCAUUUCCUUCUCAGCUGACCCCAUACUUACACCUAGAACACAACAAGAAGUUUUUGACAUUUUUAACUUUGAUGAUCCAGACUUUGGUCCAUCUGCCAUGAGUUGGGAUAAGCUAGCAGAGCAAGGUACAAGCAGCUGAACUAGAGACUGAACACUGCACAAGUCCCUGUGCUUGAAACAAAUAUUUUGUUUCAGAAUAGAGAUAAACAUUAUGAAUUAUUAGCUUCUGACUAAUUGAAAUGUUUUUAUUUUCACAUUAUGCUUUCAAUAUCUGGGAAAAAAAAUGUUUAUGUAACCACU